AUGAUGACGCCCGUUCCCUUCUCACCGAGAGCCUGCGGCGCCGCCUCCGCUCCGGCGAGCUCGGUCGCCUCAGGUUGGUGGUCUCAACUGGAGGAAUUGCAAGGCCUCGAAGGAAGAGCCGCACCGCGGAAACCGCGGCAAAUCCCCCACAACGCAACAUCCCACUCCUCUUCAGCGUGUUCCGCUUCUGUCUCGUCUGAUUCUCAGCGCGCCGCUUCUUCCUCGUGCGCAUUUCGUCCUCCUGGCCUCAGGGCGAAACUCAGCCGGGGAGAUAACUCCGGACUCAAGAAACGCGCAAGAGAAGAAAAAGAAAGAGAAGCAAGAGAAGGACGAGGCGGAGGCGUGCCGACUGCGGCGGCUCUGCGAGCGCGUCAGCCUCCAGUCGCAAAAGAAGUUCAAGAAGAGCACGGCGAAGACGCCUCUUCCUACUUUGCUUCGCUCUCUUCUCGCGCUUCUUCUCAGGCUGCCUCGAAUCUGGUCUCAUCUGACUCUCAAAGUCCGUUCGUGCGGCGCGUGGUUCUUCGCGAGCGCAGCGAGGGAGACAGCGCGUCUCUCUCUCUCCCUCUGCCUGAGUCUGCUGCGUUUGCCCCCGGAGUCUCUUCUUCUGUAUCGGCUGCUGGAGUCUCCAAGGCGCGGCGAGGCGCUUUCUCUUCCGAGAGACGCCGGCGCGCGCCCAACUCCGGCGACUUCUCUCCGGCCGCUCGCAAGCGCAGACGCGGGGAGACCGUGAAGGGACAGGCGCUGGCCGUUUCGGGAGAGGAGCGAGAAGAAGAACUCCGGAAAGAUGUGCUGGACACGGUCAAGAUCCUGACGAGUCCGGAGGAAAUCGACGCGCUCGUGUGCAUUCUCGCGAAACUCGGCGAGCGCAACUUCGCGCUCUUCGAGCGAGUGAUUCAUCGGCGCGGGCGCGAAGAGUGCAUGGAGAUUCUCGAAGAAACUCUCGCCGUGGAGAGCGCCGGCGGUCAGAGCCUGCCUUGCGGGCGUCGGAAAAGCCCAGGCGGCGUCUUUUUGCGUCUCCUCCAAAAUCGGAUUUCUGCCGAGGACAAAAAGUUCAUUUGGGAUGAACAACAACGCGCUCAGAGGGAGAGAAAAAAGCUUUUGAAGAGUGCAAAGAGGCGCCUCGACAGGGAAUGCAUGGAUGCGCCAGGAGUCAGAGAAGUGCGAAAUGAAGACGAACAAAGACACAGAGAGACGCGAGACUACCGGGAUGCUGGCCUCGACGAAGAAGAAGAAGGCGAAUGCAAAGAAUAA